AUAUACGUCAGCAACCAACAAGCUCUUGCUUCGCAACAGCAGCAUGAUCGCGACAACGUUCAUCUGCAAACUCCACAUCUCGGGACCGGCCCUGGCGCUGCGUCGUCAAGUGGCCACGAAACCGACGCGACGACGACAGCUCAUCGUCCAAUGGAUCUGGGCGACUUAACUGAAAUUCCCGGGCUCUACCAAGCACGUUUACACGAGAGGAACCAGACGGCUCAACUGAUUCAGCAGUCUGCUCCGCUAUCACAAGCGAGCAGCGCCGGAGCUACCCCAGGCGCUCCUUACUUCGCCGAGUCGAUGGAAGCUGCGACAAGCCAAGACCUGCUCGAACAGAGGUUGAAGCUGCUGCAGGAUGGGGCAGUAUCGUUCGACUCGAAACUGAAAGACGCCAUGACAACAGGCGUAGACAAGGUCAAAUUCGAAGAAAUGCUGGCGCAUUCGGAAGUUUUUCAGGCGGAAAUGAUAGAGCAAGAUAGAAAGUUGAAACAGGAGAGGACGAGACUACUUUUGAAAAAGUCAAAACAUCAUGAUCUUCAGGCAAGUCAACAAGAAGAGCAGGAGCCGCGGAGUUUUAGCAAGCGAGUUCCGGACAGAGAGGACUCACUUGACGAUAUUGAGAGGAAAAAUCCCCCCUCCCCAUAUCAAAACGGAACUUCUGAUGCUGGAUUUGUGUACAUAAAUCAGCUUUGUAUUGCAGGAAGGCACUGCGGCCAGAUACCCAGGCUAGGCAAGGGCGUAUGGGUCUAGUUCUUAAGCAUGGCAAACUGCUCCCCUCUAGGCCCAACAGCAUGACAAAGCGCUUCCAUAAUGGGGCGGAAGCUUCUGCCCUUGUCUUCUUGCAAGAAAAAUGUGAUUUGUGACCUCAAAUCAGCAACACAAAUUUCCGGAAACAUGCCUUUUCAAUAUGGGGAGGGGGGAUUUUUCCUUACGAUAGACGAAGAAGAACUUUCUAUGGACAGUGACAUGGACUGGCUGCGGCAAACGUCAGACCCACAGGGGACACAUGACAGAAAAAACCGG